AUGGCAAAAAUCAGAGUCGAGGUCAACUUACUGAAAUCACCGCCUGAUAGAAUUUGGAUUGGUGUCGAAUCUGAAUCUACACCGUUAAAAGGCUUUUUCCAAAAACUAGAAUAUAAGGGGCUCCCCAAAUAUUGCACACACAGCAAAAAACUAGGUCAUAACAUGACGGAAUGCCGAGUCCUAGAAAGGAAGAAGAACAAGAAUGUCCCUAAUCUCCAUGAAGUUAAUGGGGAAAAUAUCAAUAUAGAAGCUACAGGGGCAACUGGUCUGCCUAUGGCUCAAAAACAACUAGAUGUCGAGAGGCAAAAAAACAAUGAUUUAUCAGGGAAAGGAGACAAUAUGAACAAUCAAGGAAAUCAGAAAACUGAGAAAGAUGGCCAGGGGAAUGUAAAGGAAACAGAUCAAAUCGUGAUGGGCACAACUGCUAAAAACAUCAGGGAAGUUAGGAAUGAUCAGGUGAUAAAUAUAUUAAGCAUGAAAGAAAGACAGAAUAAAAAGAAGAAGAAUGAAAAAAAAAAGAUGCAUCAAAAGAAGAACAAGGUUAUCUUUAAAUCUGUAGCAUUGUUUGAAACCAAUAAGAGGAACAAAAGAAACAAAGUCACCAAUCCUCCCAAAGAAGCAGGAAACAACCAAGAUAUGAAGGGCUUCCAAGGAGAAGUAGAGUCUCAUUUGAUUACUGAUAACAAGGCUGGAAAGAAAAAAGAUGAGCAAAUUCAGGAUUCUCUAGGGGAGGAAACUCAUGUAAGCAACACCAAAGACGAUCACGACAGUGCUAACAUCAACAUCGAGCAAAGUAUAAAUAUGCAUAAUAUCAAUGGGGUUAUAGAGGAAGGGGAAAUUACUUCUCCAGCACAAAUUAGCACCUCGAGUUUUCCAUCAAUCAUCAGGAAUCAUAAAGGUAUCAAGAUGCUAUCUGAACUCCAAGACUUCCCAAUGGAGGAGCAAAUUAUUGUCCAUGAUAAUGGGAAAGAGAACAACAAGAAGGAUAUGGACCCGGGAGACAAGCAUAGAAAGGAGGCAAAAGGAAAACAGCAACAGAAAACCAAGAAGAACAAAAAAAAUGAGGGGAAGAACAACAACAAAGUCAAUAUUAACACAGUCAACGAAAACAACAACAUGAAAGUUACUGCUAUAUCCGAUACGGAGGAAUCAACUACUAAGGACAAGGACUAUAAUCCUAACUCACAAAGCCAAGGAAAAUGGUUCGCUUCUGAUUCUAGAGGAAGAAGCAGAAACAGAAAGAAAGAGAACACUACCAGAAGGAAGUAUCCUGAUAAGAUCAAGGAGAGGAAACUCAGACAAAGUGCCCUUCCCCCCUCUAUUCCAUGA